ACGGCUCCAGCAGCAGCUUGUGUUGUCUUGUUGUGUUUCAGCUGAAUAUUUCAGUAACAAUGUCUUCAGUUCAGCAGCUGAGGGAUUUUAUCAGACAGAGACUAACUGCUGCUGCGGAAGAAAUCUUCACUCAGGUAGAAAAAACCAUCUUCCGCUACGAGGAGGAGAUUAAACUGCUGGAAAAAUGCUGGAAACCUCAGAUAAAAACAACCAGAACCGAGUGCCCAAAUCAUCGUUUCCAUGGUGAGGAAGGGGUUCAAACAGACCAGAGCGCCAGUGAAGACCCGGGGGAACCAGAACCUCCACGUCUCCAGAGGAACCAGCAGGAACGCAGGCCUCCCCAUCAUCCAGACAACCAGAAGGAACCAGAAUAUUCCUGCUUGAAUCAGAACCAGCAGGAAGCAGAACCUCCACAGGAGGAGCCGCGGUGUGCAGAGGUUAAAGAGGAGCUGGACGAAGCAGAACCUCCGACUGGACCGAACCAGGAGGAGGUUAAAGAGGAUCAACCGGAGCUGCUGCAGAUUAAAGAGGAGGAAGAGGAGGAGGAGGCAUGCGGCAGCCAGCAGGUGGAGCAGUUCAUCCUGAAGCAGGAGCACUUCGACUUCACCGAGCCUCUGAGUCAGGAAGCCGACCUCAGCGAGGGAGAACCCAACAUUCAGCGUCUGUACGCCGUCAGCUUCCCUUCGGCUGGGAACCAGAACCACGAAGAACGCAGCUUCCCCACGUCUGACGCGACGGUGUCCACCGCCGAUAAAUCGGUCAAAUGCGACGUUUGUGGGAAAGUCUUUAAGAAGAAGCAUCACUUCAACCGCCAUCAGAGGAUCCACUCAGGCGUGCGGCCGUACGCUUGUACGAUCUGCGGGAAAGGCUUCACGCAGAGCGGCCACCUGAAGAACCACAUCAGGACCCACACCGGCGAGCGGCCCUUCUCCUGCGACACCUGCGGGAAAAGCUUCUCUCAGGUGGUCAGCCUGAACGUCCACAUGCGGAUCCACACCGGAGAGAGGCCAUACGCCUGCGAAAUCUGCGGCAAAAGUUUUACGGUGGUGACCAACCUGAACUUCCACAGGGGAACCCACGCGGACGAGAGGCCGUUCCCCUGUGAGACCUGUGGGAAGGGCUUCGGGAACUACACGUCGCUCAAAGCCCACCGCAGGAUCCACACGCAGGGCCGGAUGCAUUUCUGCGAAACCUGCGGGAAAAGCUUCACCAAAAACGCAGCGCUGAAGGUCCACAUGAGGACGCACACGGGCGAGAGGCCGUACCUGUGUGAACGCUGUGGGAAAUGUUUCAUCAGUAAAGGGGAUCUGAAAGCUCACGUUAGAACGCACACCGGUGAGAGGCCAUUCACCUGCGGGACCUGUGGGAAAAGUUUCAUCCAGAGAGGAACUCUGAACGUCCACAUGAGGAGCCACACUGCAGGAACAAACGCCAACGCUGACUGAACAGGGAUGGUCAUAUUUACUCUGCUCUCUUUACUGAGCAACUUAUUAAACUGACUCAUCCAGAUGUUUCAAACAGCUGGACCAAAUGGAGAUGAGGAGAAUAUGGCGGUUCUUUCAAGAGUUGCAGACAUGAAGGAUUCUUAAACAUCAAAACUCAGUUAUCUGAAUGUUGAUUUGGUGGAACCUGGAAACGUUUCAUGUGAGGAACCCGGACCAGUUCUGGUGGAGAUAUCAGGCUACGUUCUCACAGCUGGUCUUAACGCUUACCUCCAUUUUUAAUUCCAUUUUCUGUGUGGUUGCUCAUGCUGCUCAUUUAAAUUCAAACGCAGACUUCUGCGUGAACCGUUUACGACCCCAAAGCGACUCGCAUGCAUUACAUUAGGAUGACAAACAAAAGGUCUCAUUUGAUAAACUGUUGCCUUUUAGGUUAAAACAUGUUUUUCUUCAGUCAGUGAAGCACCAGAGGAAAGAGAAGUGAAGCUAAUUUUAACUUUGACCACAGAGGAGCGGCCUUUGGAUGUACCGUCCCAACAUGGAACUAAGAUCCCAAAACCGGCACACAGUUACGAUUAGAGGUAGAAAGACAGGCCACAGUUUGAUGUGCCAGUUUAUUCAUCAGAAGCAGCUCUAAACUACUGGAUUUUUAGCUUCAGUUUAAAGUUUUAUUGCUUGGAUCCAAUGAUGUUACUGACCAUAAAUCUGUUAGAUUUUAUUGAAGAAAUAUUUCUGAUCUUGGCCGGAUCGCAGAUGUUUGCUGUCAAUGAACUGAAAUCAGUUUCAGGUCCAGAUGAGAUCCUGGACUUUUGUGGAUAAACUUGUUAGUUGGAAACAUGCAGAGCUGCAGAGUCCAGAGACAUUUCUUCUUCUUUUAAAGUCGUCUGCAUUCAGAAAUACAUAAAAUAAGAUUUAUUUGUAUUUAAUCAGUUUUUUGUUAAACUGAAGGUCUUGGCUGGGAGUUUAAGUGAAUGGGUUGUUGUUCAAGUAAUUUUUUUAUAAUCCCAUUGUGACUUUCUGAGUUGUAAUCGAAUCAUGAAGUGUCCACUGAUCUCCUCCCAUACGUUGCCAUGGAGACUGAAUUGUGUUGUUUUCAUGUUGUUUCGUUGUUGAAGCUGCUGGACAUGCAGAAGCAGAUCAACCAAAGACUGAGGCUCAUUUAACCUGAAGGUGCUUUAAGUGUGAACAUUUCUACCAGCAGCUGUUGCACUUUUUUAUUUUUGUUUGUUUUCUACCUGUUUGCAUGUUUCUCAUUGUAUUAAAGAAAAUAUACACCUGUCACAUUAAACGUUACAUUA